CUCAGGCAGGAGGUGGGAUGGAGGCGGCGGCGGUCGCGGUCGCGGUCGAGGCGGUCGAGGCGGUCUAGGCGGUGGAGGGGCUGGGCGGCCUGAGUCAGGCGUGGGCGGGGAGAGCCUGAGGGCAGGGCUCCCCGAGGACAGCGGCGCUCCAGACCUCGCUGGCCGCCGCCCUGUAGGUCUGCGCUCCUGUAGGUCAGCGGGUCAGCUGGGCCUGCGGCGGCCCCGGCCCAUGGCGGCGUCGGCGGCUCUGUCGGCGGCGGCGGCCGCGGCGGCUCUGUCGGGCCUGGCGGUGCGGCUGUCACGCUCGGCCGCCGUCCGCGGCUCCUACGGCGCCUUCUGCAAGGGGCUCACCCGCACGCUGCUCACCUUCUUCGACCUGGCCUGGCGGCUGCGCACGAACUUCCCCUACUUCUACGUGGUGGCCUCGGUGAUGCUCAACGUCCGCCUGCAGGUGCGGAUCGAGUGAGCGCCAGCCGCGGCGGUGGCGGGGUCGGAGCGUCGCCCGCCCUCCAGCGCCGGGCCAGGACGCCUUGCGAAGGGCAGCGGGACCUCCCGGGGCCGCCCGGACGCUUUGGGGCGCGGAGGCGGAGUGGCCUGGGCCCCUGCAGCCGUAGCCACCCGCGGCGGGGGACCGCCACCCGGCCCCGGCCCCGACUGCAGAGAGACUCACGCCACGAGUCCUUUGCGUUGGCUCGAGGAAAUGAGGAGCCCGAGUCCGGCCGACCUGUUGCCUCACGCUGGCCAGAACCCGGGAACCGGGGAACCGGGGAACCGGAAAGAGGGAAUUUUACCGCAGCGAAUUCAUUUGCCAAGUCUGAGCAAAAAGACACAGAUGAGUGGAAAAGAGGUGAUCCUGCCUCUCCCUACCCCCCGCAGCCUUGCUCUGUGACCAUCAGCCCAGGCUUCCUACAGGGCCGGCCACUGUCCUCUCAGAACCACAGAAGCCCAUCCUCCAGCCACGGACAAGCCAGGAAGCCCACUGUGUGCGCAGGGAAUUUGGGAAAAUGAAAGACUCUCCCUGAGCAGGCAGUGAUCUUUGUAGGUGGUGGCCCGCCCCUUCUGUGGCCUUGUCAAGAGUCUGAUCCCUGCCUGGAGGUGCUUCUGACCUGCAGCUGCCUGGGAGCAACGGAGUGGAAUGCCCAGGAGGAGAGGAAGGGCCUUCCUGGUCUCUGGAGCCCUGGACCCUGCUGACCCUUCUCAUCCACCCCAGUCUUGUACACUCAGGACCACUUCCGGAGACCUGUUAGCCUCUGACCUCAUCCACAGGUCUCUGGGUGCCACCUCUGUGGGACAAGAGACACCCAGGACAGGAGAAGAGGAAAGCAGGAGCCAGGGGGCGCUCCUUGGGUCUGCUACUCAGUUCUGGCCCUUUCAGACCCUGCUCUUGCCCUCUGUGACAAGACCUCCAGCUCCAGCCUCUUCCUCAGCCAGCAGGGAAGGAAGGAGGAAGGCCCUUCGCUGUGUGUGCACGUGUUUGAGUACGCAUGUGUGUGAGUGAGCUAGUGUGGGUGUGAGCUAGGGCAUGGAGCUGUUGAAUAUAAGGAGCUGCUCUGGCUGCCAGCCCUCUCUGCAAAGGGCCCAGCCUGGGGCCUUGGAGUCCUUCCCUAUGGGGAGAGGGGUGUGUGGAGCCUCAGGGCCCACCCUCAGGUCUCCACUCCAGGGAAACCAACCCUGCCCAGCACCCGGGCUUGGUCUGUGGCGCCUCUGCCAAAAAGGAUGGGCCCCAGGUGUCCUCCACUGUUGGGGCCUUGACCUGUGGGGAGCUUCUGCUUUCCUGCCUCCCCUCUUGCCCGCUUUCUCUCCCCCACGGGUCCUUGCUGCGUGAUGGGGUCUCAAUGCACUUUAUUUAUUUGCAGUCUGUGUUCCAGGUGCUGGAGCUUCUGCAAAUUCAGAGACCCAGCCUGGAUGACUUUACACUUCUGUGUGAUGAUCUCUGCGCUGGCCAGCACCAUCUGGUCAGGGACAUGUUGUUUCUGAUAUUGUCACAUGUUGUUGUCUCCCCAUGUAAAAAAGAAAGUCCUUGCUCAG